CCGUCAAGCAUUAGAAGUCUCUCGGAAACAGCGUUCCGUUUGCGCGAAUGCAGACUUACAAAAACACCCAGAAGAGGCUACGCCCUCGAGAAGAAGAUGAUUGGUUAAAAUUUUGUGACAGUGUUCAAAUCUUAAAUUUUCAUUGGUUCGCUAUAAAUAACAGCUAGUAAUAAAUACACAUAUAAAUUCAGCUGUUGUCAAACCAAGUCAGUAUCUACAGGAACAAAAAUUCUGCCGUCACAAAAGAGAUUGCGCCUUUCAACUCCGUUACGAUGAAAUCUGUUUUCGUCCUCGCCUUUCUUCUUUGCAUUUCCGUCGGAUAUGGCCUGAAAUGCUACCAGUGUAUCACUCUCAAGGACUGGGAUGACUGUGAUAAAACUGAGGUUACCUGUGCUCGUGGCGCAGACCGCUGUGCAAAAGCCCUUGUGACCGGAAAACAAGGUGAAGCAUCAGUUUCGGUCUACGCUAAAGGUUGCAGCCUUUCAUCUACAUGCAAUGCUGAUAAAUCGGAGUUGUGCAAGUCUUCUGAUCCCAAAGUCUCUGUCACCGAGUGCGAAAUUAACUGCUGCUCUGGCGAUUUGUGCAAUGGAGCCAAAGUACCAAUGGUCAGCGUCUUCAUGCUUCUGGCAUGCGUUCUUGCAGCUUUCCUUCGUUAAGCAUCCAAAGCUGUUAACAUUUAAGCGUACAAAAACGUGUAAUUCAGUAGAAAAUAGCGUUAGCUUACCUAUUAUGUGCAAUUUCAGCCACGUUAAUUUUUUGCAAGCAAGGUCUAUCCUUCAAUGUAACCACGAGUGAUAUUUCUUUAAUAAAU